UGGUUUCGUUCGGGUUCAGUUGGUUCCGGCAGGCUUCCUAGAGUGUACGUCAAAUUUACAAGCAAGAUUUAACAAUGUACCGUCACGUGUUCCCAAUAGUUUUAGUGUGUCUGUUUCUGGGAGUUCGAGCUCAGCAAACUCAGCAGCAACAGCAAAAACAACAGCAACAACAAUCGGUGGUCACUCCUCCGAGCAAGCCCCUGUUAACCAUUUCGGAGCAGCGGCCUGUCCUGGAAAAUCCGGCUUACGAUCCCACUCUCUAUCAGCAGUUUCUUCCGCAGGAUGCGAUUCAACAGUACGUCCAAUCAUACACUGGUUCAAGUUACUCUCAGCCAAAUCGUAACGUCUAUGGAUCUUCCGGCUUCGAGAGUUCCGGAUUCGAUGGCUUCCUCAUCCCGGCACCAACUCGUCAGGCCAAUCCCAUCGCUCUAGUAACGCCGGAAAGCCAUUCGUCCUGGUUCGGAUCGGUUAGAUCGGUGAUUCCCACAGCCCGAACAGUGGCCACAUUCUUCGGUCAGUUGAUAUCGUUGGCCUUCGGAUCGCUGAGUGCCGUUGCCGUGGCAACGAUUCUAACGAGCCUGCUGUGCUUUUUCACCCCGUUCUGCACUCUGACGUUCCGAACGGCGAAACUGGUAACGGGUGAAACGGCCUCGGAAGUGAUUCAGGCCAUCGGCGAACAGGUCACGGCUGAGCGGGUUAAGCGGGCAGCCGAGUUCGUUCGCAAUGCCAUCGACAAGUUCCAGGCUCUGAACCAGGUCGUGAGGGAGGUCACCGAACGGAAAGCCGCCGAAGGGACACAAUUUCAAUAGUUUGGGAACAUUCUGCGGACUCUAAUAUUUGUGAUUAUUAGAAAUAAAUUGUAGUUUAGACGA